UCGAGCGUCGACAUUGUGUGACUGCGUGCGCAAUGCCAGACCAAAAAAACAACAACAACAAAAUAUUUUGCUCAAAUUCAAAUCAAUUAAAUGUGAAAGCUUGCAGAAGAGAAAGAAGAAGAGGAUGUAUUGUAAGCUUCAAUGUCUUGGCCAGUCGUUGCUGCUAAUUGAAGUCCAACGGGCGUUUAGCAAAUCGCCAAAGGAGAACACGCAAUUUGUUGUGUCUUUCUGAGCUGAGCUGUGAGCUAUUGAAGCAGACAGGCAGGCAAAAUUCGCCAAGCAGAAGCAACUCGCAGGAGAAAAAUUGGAAUUUUUCGUUUCUAAAUUCAAUUGAACGUGUAACAAUAGCAAUUAAAGAUGCAGCUUCAAUGGAUCUUACUACUUCUCACGGCAGUGCUGAUGCCACUGACGUGUACGAGUUAUAGAAUUUUGUUUAUGGGACCCUUCCCAGCACCAAGUCACUGGAUGUGGAUGGAACAUUUCCUGAAAGAUUUACUGCAGCGGGGACAUCAAGUCACAACCUUGACAAAUCAUCCCGCCAAGCAGACACAUCCAAAUUUAACGGAGAUCAUAAUUGAUCCCAAGCUGAAUAUAGCGGAGCAUCGACCACGUGAGAAUAUUUUCAAAAUGCAUUUCACAAGUGAUUUUGAAAAUUUGCAAAUGUAUUGGCACGUCGGUUUAUUAAGUUCCGAGCACGCUCUUAACGACCCAAAAGUAAAGACACUGAUCGCCAGCAAGGACCUCGAAUUUGAUUUGGUCAUAUUGGAGCAAUUCUAUCACGAGAGCUUCCUUAUGUUUGCGCACAAAUUCAAAUGUCCCAUCGUCACCUUGGGCACACUGGGUUAUGCGGAUAAUAUGGAUCAUGCAAUGGGUCUGCUGACGCCAUGGUCGAUCGUGCCCCAUUUGCUAGUUUCCUACACGGAUGAAAUGACCUUUGCGCAGAGAGCUUACAAUACAUAUUUAUCGAUAUAUGAUGCGCUGUUUAGAAGCUGGUAUUAUAUACCCAAAAUGCAAGAGAUGGCGGAGCGACACUUCGGCGGUUACAUUGAGGGUCCUCUACCACAUGUCAGCGAUUUGGAGAAGAAUGUUUCACUCAUGUUGAUUAACAGUCAUCGCAGCACGGAUGUGCCACGCCCCAGUAUGCCGGGACUGAUCGAUGUUGCUGGCGUACACAUCAAGAAAGCCAAACCACUGCCCGCGGAUCUGCAAGAAUUCUUGGAUAAUUCCAAACAUGGUGUCAUUUACUUCAGCGUCGGCUCGUACAUGAAGAGUACAGAUAUGCCACAGGAAAAAAUCAGUCUCAUACUAGACGCUUUCAGUCAAUUGAAACAAAAUGUUUUGUGGAAAUUCGAGAACUCUUCCAUAGGACACCUGCCCGCCAAUGUAAAGAUACAAAGUUGGUUGCCACAAAAUGACAUACUCGCGCACCCUAAUGUGAAAGUGUUCAUCUCACAUGGCGGCAUUUUUGGCACACAGGAGAGCAUACACUGGGGCGUGCCCAUGUUGUGUAUACCCUUCUUCGGCGAUCAAUUCCGCAACUCGCAACGUUCGGUCCAAGCUGGUUAUGCGCGUUGGUUGCAUUUCGGCAAAAUGACCAGCGAUGAUUUGGUACAAAAUCUACGUCUACUCAUCAAUGAUCCCACGUACAAACAAAAGGCCAUGGAGAUGUCACGUAAAUUCCGCGAUAAUCUCAUCGAUCCACUGGAGGAGGCCGCCUUCUGGAUGGAGUAUGUGGUUAGACAUAAGGGUGCGCCACAUCUGAAAUCCCACGGCGCCUUCAUGCCGCUCUAUCAGUAUUUAUUGUUGGAUGUGUUCGGUUGUGCGCUCGUGUUGUUGUUCGUGGCUGUUUGGCUGCCACUGCGCUUAUUCGAAUUGCGCUCUCCACUCACCGCCUGGGCGGAUAAACUCCUUUGCUUCGGUAAAGGCAACACACAAGGCACGAAGGGCAUACAAAUCGAUCUGAAAGCCAGUAAUAAAUACCGUUAUGCGGGUUAACACACAUACACGCACACCACAGUGCCUUCGCAGAAAUAAAGGCUUUGGCGGGUUAAAAAUUAAUUUAUUGUGAAUUACACAUAGAAGAGCGCUUCUAAUCAUUGUAUUUUAAGCGCUUGAGCAUUUACGUAUUUGAAGUUCCUUUGCAAGUAUACUUCCACAGAAGAUUUGCUAUGGUUUGGAAAUUGCACAAAUUGUAGAAUUGUUUAAUUUUAAAUCGUAAUGCGCAAACUUAUAUGUAAUUAAGUAUAAGUAGUGAUUAUUUGUUGUUGCGUUUUAAGUGGCAGGCAUAUUGAUGAUUUGUAGUAGCAACAUGCUCUUAAGGAUAAAUGAAUGAAUAAAAGACUUAGCAAUA